AAGCUUCAGCUCGAACCCAAACGAGCUGACCAACUUACUGUCAGCUGGCGGUCUGCCUUGAGCAGGCGUCUGGUUGCAUUAUCCGAUACUCGCGUCCGAUAUCCUACGAUUCACGCCAACCACACUAUCAUUCUGUGCUAUGAUGCAGCUACUUGCGGGCCUUGGCAAUGACAUCACAGGUGCAUCAGGUCUUCUUUUCGCGUGCUUGUUGGCUCCACAACUGUACAAGCUUGGCGGCAAGGUAGCCUUCAGAAGCAAUGAAGACAGCGGCAGGAUAACCGCCAUCCUGCUCGUUGCGGCAGCGUUUCUGGCUGGCACUUGCCUACAGUCGGAAGCUGGCUCCCCUGAGGUGGCAGACCAAGAAGCAUCCAUUGGCUUUUCUGCUGCAGUGACUCCAGAACUUGCUGGCAGUCCCUCUCAGGUGUUGCUUAGCGUGCGGCAGCGCCUUGCAUCUGUGGCCUCCCAUGGCACUUCUCCCACUUCCAUUGAGAAACAGCGCCCACAGGACAGCUGUGAGGCGUCUUGGUGCUCCUUUUCAACUUCCGAAGAGGAUGCGCCCUCCAUAUUUUUUGCUGACAACCAAAGCGAGACAGCUUCUUCUCAGGCACCUCCCGAGGCGCUCCACGCUCCUGGCAAUGCGCCAGAGGGCCAUAUUACCUUGAACUUGGCACGUUCAGAGCAGGAGAUUGACAUCAUCAACGACGUUGUGCAUUACAAGAGCGCCUACUAUGGCACGAUUAUGCUUGGCACUCCGCCGAAGCCAUUCACAGUGGUCUUUGACACUGGCAGCGGACACCUGAUACUUCCAAGCUCGUACUGUCAUACGGAAACUUGCAAAGUUCACCGCAGGUACAGGAGAAGUUCUUCCACCACUGCAGAGGACAUUGACUGGGAUGGGCGUCGUGUCAAAGCUGGGGAAUCCCGUGAUCAAAUCACAGUGUCCUUCGGUACGGGCGAAGUCACCGGCGUUUUCGUCCAGGACGAGUUGUGCUUUGGACAGCGGGGUCCUGGCAGUGAUGAGAUGAGUACCAACGUCCCCGUGGCAGGCCAAGCCGGAUCCAACUGCGUGAGCAUGCGGUUCAUAGCCGCGACGGACAUGUCUGCAGAUCCUUUCAAGGACUUCAUUUUUGACGGCGUGCUCGGGCUGGGCUUGGAUAGCUUGUCGCAGACGCCGGCCUUCAACUUUCUUCAGGUGGCUUCGGGCCUCACCGGUGAGCGUGGCAGUGGCCACAGCAAGACGUUUGGGAUCUUCCUUGCCACUCACAACGAUGAGACCAGUCAGAUCACCAUGGGCGGAUGGGCGGAAGAGCAUUUGGAGGAGCAGGUGAGCUGGAGUCCCGUUCUGGAUCCGGAGUUGGGUCACUGGCUCCUUGAAAUCAAGGCGCUUCGCGUCGACGGCGAGGCGUUGCCCUUUUGCGAACACGGCUGCAAGGCCGUGGUCGACUCGGGUACAUCUCUGCUUGCAGUCCCAACGCCCAUCUUUCCGGAGAUGUACGAAAUGCUGAGGGCUCCAGCUUCGUUGGCGGGAGACUGCUCUUCGCGCAGUCCGCGGCUACAAAUCGAACUGGAUGGCUUUACUAUGGAGCUUGACGGCGAGGACUUCAGCCGGCUCGAUCAGAAGCCGGCGCCCGGCAGCCCCGUGUGGGGCCGGGCAAGCACGCCCGCCGAGGACAACAUCCGGAGGGAUAUGAUCUGCAAGCCCAUGCUGAUGGUGAUGGAUUUGCCAGAGCCCAUCGGGCCCAAGCUCUUUAUCCUGGGCGAGCCGGUUCUCAAGAAGUUUUACACGGUUUAUGAUGCAGAAAGCAAACGUAUUGGCUUUGGUAGAGCAAAGCAUGCACCACUGCCAGCCAUCGAGACGGGCGACAGCUGGUGGAUCGCUGCAGAAGAGGAGCUUGCCAAGGAGGAGGAAGACGAAGCUGCGUAGGUCCUUCGCUGGUCUCACGCACCUGCUUCCAGUUCUGGACUGCAGAUUGCAUCAUAUGAUGCUUGUGCUGCUUGACACUGCAAGCAAGA